CCCGGAACUUUAGUGCCUGGGUGCAGCUUAAGCAGUCGGUCAGUGACGCUUCCAUAGCCGGAAAUGGCUACGACUGCUUAAGGUCCGUGCUGGCUUCCUGACCCCGCUGCGGCGGUUUAAUGAGUCGAAGACUUGGGAUGGAGGCCGUGGCAGCCGGGGCGGUGACGGAGAAGUCCGAUGUUGACUGUGUGGAGCCCAGAUGUGUGCACUGGGGGGAGCUGAGCCAGGCUCCUGUUCCAUCUGAACCCCAGAACAAGGAGGCAAAGGAGAGUAUACCAGGAGUCCCCGAUGGUGACACCUCCCAGGCUGAGAGUCCGGCCGUGAGUGCCAUGCUGCAGGCCAUCGCCGCCAGCCACCUGCCUGUGUGCAGCCAACAGCAGGGUGAGCCUGACCUGACAGAGCAUGAGAAGGUGGCCAUCCUGAGCCAACUCUAUCACGAGAAGCCACUGGUGUUCCUGGAGCGCUUCCGCACCGGCCUCCGGGAAGAGCACCUGGUCUGCUUCGGCCACCUGCGUGGGGACCACCGUGCUGACUUCUACUGUGCCGAGGUGGCCCGGCAAGGCACUGCCCGACCCCGAACCCUACGCACCCGCCUGCGUAACCGACGUUAUGCUGCCCUGCGAAAGCUCAUCCAAGGAGGCGAGUACUUCAGCGAUGAGCAGAUGCGGUUCCGGGCCCCGCUGCUGUAUGAGCAGUACAUAGGACAGUACCUCACGCAAGAAGAGCUCAGUGCCCGCACACCGGCCCCCCAGGUCCCCAGGACCGGCUCCCCCAGCAUGCCUGCCUACCCACUCUCUGACCUGCUCUUCCAGUCCUACCAGGAACGAGAGCUGCAGCAGAAGCUGCUCCGGCAGCAAGAAGAGGAGGAUGCCUGCUUUGAGGAGGAAGAGGACAGUGAUGAGGAAGACCAGAGAUCAGACAAGGACUCGGAGUCCUGGGUGCCCGACUCAGAAGAGAGGCUGAUCCUGAGGGAGGAGUUCACCAGCCGUAUGCACCAGCGAUUCCUGGAUGGCAAAGAUGGGGGCUUUGACUACAGGUGCCUCCCAUUCCCAGCCCCCAUGGCCCUGGGCCACAAGCAGGUCCCUGUCUAUCCUCACAGGCCCUCCCUUAGUGGGACUAGAGCUCCCCACCAUGAGUCCUAGUGAUGUCAGUCACUCAGAGGUGUCAGAUAAACAAGAGUUGAUGGCUA